AUGUUCAAAAUUCCAAAAAAUUCGACAAUUCAGAAUGAUAUCAGUAUAUGUGAACCUAAAUCUGCAAGAAAACCACAUAUGUCCACAUGGAAUCCAACAGCAAAAAUCAGAAAAAAUGCAAUGGCUUUCUUAUACAACGAUCAAGUUCAGAAACUGGUUCCUACAAUAUCAGCACUAGAUCGACAUUUUUCAGAUAAUAUGUCUGCAGACAUAAUUUUUUUUCAUACAGACUAUCCUAUUACACAACAUAUGCAAGCUAUAGCAAAUGUCACCAAACGCCAAGUUAUUUUUUACAAUGUAGAUGACGCUUUCACAUCAUUUCCAAAAGGAUUUGAUCCUUAUCUAGAAGAACCUAACUGGAAGAAAAGAGGGAAAUGGAAUUAUCAGCACAUGUGCAGGUUUUGGUUCAAACUUGUUUUGGAUAUUCCAUUAGUUCUUGAAUAUCAAUAUUUAAUGAGACUAGAUGAUGAUUCAAAAAUACUCGGGGCGUGGAAUAAUAUUUUGAUUUGA